AUGAACGAUCUUCCCGAGGAGGUAGUCGAGGAUUCUGCGGUCUUAGGGCUGCAAUUUGCUGGCCUGUAUGGCCAAGUCAUCGGCGUGGACUUGCUCGAAAAAGGACUUUAUUUUGGCUUCGAAGGGCCCGCUUUUAGGUUUCCAAGCCAACUCUGCGAUAUUUCUCCUCUCGAACAAGCAUUGGAGGAAAAUAUCGUUCGCAAAGUGGAGGCAUUACGUCGGCGCGAGGAAGCCACAAACCCUUUUCAUGAAAUUUUCCACAAAUCCGAGAACAAAUCAAAACCAUGUCACCGCAAGAUUGAUUUCAUAAGACCAACGUACUUUACUCCAAAGAAGAUAUCGGUAACUAAUGAGAUAAACAGUUUGCAAGACCUAGAGGAUAUUAG